AUGGGAGGCAUUCGUGAAAAGAAAGUUGAAUACUUCAGCAAAUUGAGAGAAUACUUGGAAGAGUACAAGUCCAUCUUCGUCGUCGGUGUGGACAAUGUCUCCUCUCAACAAAUGCACCAAGUUAGAAGAGCCCUAAGAGGCAGAGGUGUUAUCUUGAUGGGUAAGAACACUAUGGUUAGAAGAGCCGUCAGAGGUUUCCUUUCUGAAUUGCCACAAUACGAAAAAUUGUUGCCAUUCGUUAAGGGUAACGUUGGUUUCGUCUUCACCAACGAUUCCUUGAAGGACAUCAAGGAAGUUAUUGUCGCCAACAAGGUUGCUGCUCCAGCUAGAGCUGGUGCCAUUGCUCCAGGUGACAUCUGGGUUACUGCCAUGAACACUGGUAUGGAACCUGGUAAGACUUCUUUCUUCCAAGCUCUAGGUGUCCCAACCAAGAUUGCUAGAGGUACCAUUGAAAUUUCUUCCGAUGUUAAGGUCGUUGAAGCUGGUAACAGAGUCGGUCCAUCUGAAGCUGCCUUGUUGAACUUGUUGAACAUCUCUCCAUUCACUUUCGGUUUGGUUAUCACUCAAGUUUACGACGAUGGUCAAAUCUUCCCAGCUUCCAUCUUGGAUAUCACUGAUGAAGAAUUGGUUGGUCACUUCGUUUCUGCUGUCACCACCAUUGCUUCCGUUUCCUUGGCUGUUGGUUACCCAACCUUGCCAUCUGUCGGUCACAGCAUCAUCAACUCCUACAAGGACUUGUUGGCCGUUGCUGUUGCUUCCAAAUACAUCUACCCAGAGAUUGAGGAAUUGCAAGACAGAGUCGAAAACCCAGAAAAAUACGCCUCUGCUGCUCCAGCUGCUCCAGCCGCUGGUGCUCCAGCUGAAGAAGAAGCUAAGCCAGCUGAAGAAGAAGAAGAGAGUGACGAUGACAUGGGUAUGGGUCUAUUCGAUUAA